AUGGCUGCCACAAAGAAGGGUGGCGAGAAGAAGGGCUGUUCUGCCAUCACCGAGAGAAAUCCGGAAAUUUGCCAUGAAGGAGAUGGGAACCCCAGAUGUGCGCAUGGCACCAGACUCAACAAAGCUGUCUGGGCCAAAGGAAUAAGGAAUGUCGCCUACAACCUCCUCUGUGUGCAGUUGUCCAGAAAACAUAAUGAUGAAGAUUCUCCAAAUAAACUCCGUAGAUUGGUUACCUAUGUACUUGUCCCUACUUUCAAAAAACUGCAAACAGUUACUGUGGAUCAGACAGAACUAGCUGCUGAUUGUCGAAUAAAGUUAUAA